ACGGUCCACAAAACGCGUCGGGAAAUUUCUAGUCCCUUUCGAUUAGGGCUUGGUAAAUUGGUCAUCGUAGCGAACGUUGCCUCAUUUGUAUCGUAGUGUGGUGUUUGGUGCUGCGACUUUGAUUUCCUCUGCAAUUUACGUUCCCCCUUUCUCUCGAGCAGCUGAAAAUGAGUCGUCCACAUGACGGGCAGCGGAACUUUCUUCCCUUUGGGAAUCCCUUUCGUUCAAUACUCCCUAAUAAAGGAUCUCAUCUCUCUCGAAAGCUUCAGCCGCUGUUGAACAACUUCGAAGAAGCACUUUCUUUGAGCUUGAAAAAAUUAAAGCCAAAGGAUACCUCAGAUGUCUUCACUUUAUGCUGGAUGAGUCAUGCUAUUGAGUGCUUAUCAGAAGCCCACACUAGUAUUGAAGCCUUAAUAACCGAACUCCAGCUCCCCGUUUCUGAUUGGGACGAGAAGUGGAUCGAUACAUACUUAGAUAGCAGCUUGAAGUUGCUCGACAUUUGCCUUGCUCUAAGCUCCGAGCUGGCCCGGUUGGAUCAGGGCCAGCUUCUGCUCCAAUACGUGCUUCACGUUUUGGACCGAAAAAGCACUUCUCCAACAGCUGAACAGCUCCAAGAAGCCCAUGCCUCGCUCCACGAUUAUUUGAAGAAAGCUAACUUGAGGAGUCCCAAGCUUGAGAACUGUUCAACCAUUUUACAGUCUCUUGCGGGUAGUUUGCACCUGACAAAGGUUAAGAACUCGGCCAAAGGGAGAGUACUUCUGAGAGCUUUGUAUGGAGUUAAGGCUGUGACUAUAUUAAUAUGCAGUUUCUUUGCGGCGGCUUUCUUAGGUAGCCCACAACCUUUGAUGGAAUUGCAAGUUCCAGACGAGUUCUUGUGGUCCGAGGCCUUCAACGAGUUGCAAACAGCAGUUAAUGAGGAAGUUAGGAGGAGAUUUCCCAGCGGAAAACAUACUGCGGUGAAAGAGAUGGAAGAAGCCGAAUCAUGUGCAAAGAGGUUGCAUGAAUGGACCAGUGCUUUUGGCUGUGAGGAAUUGGCUGAAGAACAAAUAAAUGGCUUUAUCCAUGAGAGAGAAGUGGUCAAAGCGGAGAAAAAUACCGAACAGCAGGAGGAGAAAGAUAAUCCGAUGGAGUGCAUUUCUGAUACGGUUGAUAGUGUCGAUAAGUUAAGACAUGGGUUAGAUUCACUCUCGAAGCGAGUUGGGGACUUCUUCCAGAUCGUCCUGAGUGGGCGCGACGCUUUGCUUUGUAAUCUUAGGGUCACUAAUGUAAAUAAAUUAGAUCGGAAUAGGUCAUGAAGUGGUCUUGCUCUGUAAAAUCCUUAAGGAAGUUUGUGUUUGUUUGUGUUGUGGGUGUUGGUUUACUCCGAGCUAUAUGGCCAUGCUGCUGCUUUGAGGAUUGGGGACUAAUCUGUAGUGGGUAUGAGAGCCGUGUGUUCUUAAAAUGGAAGGUAUUUGUAGUCAUUUUUACGCUGUGUUGCCCAUGUAUUAUUAUGUAUGCGGAUGAAUUCCUCAAAAUGGUUUGUAUAGCUUGUACUUUUAUGAAUACAUUUCGUCGACCAAAUCACUUUCUUAUUAAUAGAA